AGUGGUCUUUUGGGGUCGCUUCUGGAAGUCGAGUCCAUUAUAUUCUGAUCGUGUCGUCAGUCGCGCGCCCCUGGGAGGGGGGCCCCGUGUACGUGCAAAUUCGGUCGGCAGAGAGACUGAGAGGCAGUCCGAGGAAAGAUAAACUAUCUGCACACUUGGACUACACUGACGAUCAUUGUAAAUCGCUUUGUUUGACGGCACGAGCAUGUCACCCGUGGGGCAGAGAGAGAAGGCUGCCUUCAGGCAGUGCGUUCAGGCCCGGGCCCAGCUGGACGAGGCCAUCGCUGGGGUCAUCAGAGCUGAAGUUCAGCUUCAGAGCAACUCCAGAGAGGUGAAGUCUCAGCUGCACAGCUGUAUCAGUAGACAUCUGGAGAUCCUUCGCUCUCGUGAGGUCUGGCUGCUGGAGCAGAUCGAUCUGGUGGAGCAGCUCAAGGGAGAAACUUUACAUCAGCAGCUACAGCAGCUGCAUUUGCUCAAAGGCCAGUUUGACAUCCUCAUUCAUCAGCUGGAGUACUCCAGUAGUAGUAAUCUUCCCAUCCAGUUUACCAACUGCCUGGAAAAGCUUUCUUCUCUCAACCUGACUCCUGAAGAAACCCCAGAGAUGAGUUUCCAAGCAGAUGCACGCAGCUUGCGCAAGGCUAUCACAUCCUUUGGGACCAUUUCCACCCAGCAGAUGGAGACCUCAAACUCUUCUGAGAGACCGUGGCUUCUCCAGGACUGCCCAGUUUCUUGCAAGAGACUGAAAGUAGAUCCUGAAUGUGCCACACCUCUGGCUGAGUGGCUUCUAGGGGACCGUCCAGUAAGCAGCGCUCCUACAGGACACCACUUCAACACAAACCCUCAGGACUGGCUGCUUGUUUCCAAGGAACCUCAGGAGGAGCGACAGUUACCUGCCUUUGACUUCCAAAAAGCUUGGGGCCAGCUCCAAGACCUGGAGUCGUGGCUUCUCAAGGAGAAGUUGCCAGUUCGUGAACGAACCUGUAGCGUAAGCUCAACCUUCUCGAUUGAGAUGAUCGAGGAAAGUGACCUAAACCUGGAUGAAGUGGAAGACGAGCAGGACAAAGGGGACGGCACUGUUGAGGAAGAAGAACUCAGCAAGUGGCUCUUCAGCCCAAGCCCGUUCAAGCAAUAUAAGACCAGCCCGGUGUCAGAUGCUGACUGCUUCAAGCAGAUCAUCAACCCCUUUUACGAGAGCUUCUCCUCCAGCGAUUGGCUAAUGAAUUCCGACUGCAGCUCUUGCUGUGCCACACGCAGCGCUGCCAUGGAAAUCGAGAAUCUGGGAAAGCUCAAGUGCCUAAAGACUCCACCCUUAUCCACUGCCAGUACUCCAGUCACCAGUCCAGAAGCCAUCGAGAUGUGGCUUCACAAGACCAUCCCUAUCGAGACCACCUGCAAAGCCAACGAGACCUGUGACAGCUACACUCAAUGUGUCUGUGACGACAACUGUGGAAAAGAGGCCCUCAGUGCUUGGCUCCUCCAGAAAGAGGGUCGAGAUAAGAAUGGUGUUCCUAUCAAUAAGAACGCCCCAAACAAAGCCUCCAGCCAGCAGCAGAAGGUCCAAGCCAUCCUAGAGACGUGGCUGCAUCCGAGCAACAGUAGCAAGUCCCCUGCCCUGUCAUCCCUCUCUGCCUGGGUGACCCCGUACAUCAAAACCUCAGACUCUGAGAGCUCCACCCAGGAGCUUUUGCAGAACUGGAUUUUUCCAGUGGUGAAGCACAUUAGCACAACCACUGGGAUGCCAAAUGAGCCAAAGAGUGAGAACCAUAUAGAGCGAGACAGCAAGGACAUCGAGGAGGACAAAUGGCUUCUACGCAAGCGGGCGAGUGCACAGGAAAGGCUUGGCCUGCCCACAGUAUGUGACCUGUUUUCCUGCCUGAAGCUCAGUGGGGACAAAGAAAAGUGGCUACAUCAAACAGCUACACAGAUAUGAAUGCAACAUCCAUUGGCUUUUGGAGAUUGACUCCAGUCCUAUUUAAUCACUGAUUAUUGCACAAUAUUUUUCUGUAGUGCUCUUUAGGGAUUCAUUCUCUCUGUAAUCUUCUGGGGAUUGGAAGGGUGAUCUGGACUAAACGUCCUGUCCAGGAGGCAAGGCUUUUGGUACACCAUCACUAGAGGA